AGAAAUUAUUACAUGUCCAUCAUUUUCUGACUGCUCAUAUUGUGAUUUUUUGAAGGCAGGAAAUCUUAACAAGGUAGGUAUAUAUGUUUUUUUUUAAGUAAGGAUUUUUUGUGUCUUAUUCUCAUGGGAAUGAAAAAUGUUUAUGUUGUUAUGGGCUAUUCUCUUUUUUUCAUGAAUAUCAGUUUGCUCUGAAUAUGAAAUAUAAUGUUAAAGUAGCAAGAUAGGCCACUAAUUAAAUUUGCAUCAAUCUUUAACCAGUAGUUCGAUCCUUUGAAUUUACGCUCAGGAGUAUAAAUCAAAUGUUGUCAUCCUUCAAUAGUGUUUGACAUCAUGUCUUAUUAUGUUGGACCUUGCAGCUGAAAUGCAUCUAAUGAUUAGAAAGUUGCUUUGGUUGUUACAGGUGUAAUGACCAGUAUAGGAUGCAACUGCUUGCUCUUAUGCAAGGUUCUGUAUUUGUGACCAUCCAUAUGAUUUUUGGGAGAAAGGUUGUAGCAAGCUUAAGCUCACAACACGCUUCUACUUGAAAACAUCCAUGUUUAUAAUUAUCAACUUCCUGAUUAGCAAAAACAAAGUUGGAACAUUUGGCUGUGUAUGAGUUGCAUCAGGAUUUAAAGCAGAAACUUCAAUUACUUUUUUCAUGUGCAGGUUACUUGUGAUGAUGUUUGUAGCAUAUUGAAGCACAAAAUCUAACUCAGUGCUGGAUGAAUUGUGACAAUUACAUGUAAACAAUCCAUUAUGUUCAAGAUAUUCAUUAAUCACAGUUAUAUACAGCCAAAAUGUUUGUGUAAAAGUAUAUUUCAUUGGAUGGCCAGAGGGAUUUUUAGGGGAUGGUAAAAAUAAUGAAAAUCAUCAUGGCCCAUAACAUUUUACAACUGCUUAAAUGAUGAAAUUUAAAAUAUUUCAUAUCUAGCCCAAUCAUGGAUUUUUAGAUUAAGGAGACCCUUAAUUGUUUAAAAAAUAGUAAUCUGAAAGUUGACUUUGUGGAAAAUGGCUAAGAGAGGCUGUUUAUUUUUGUCCAAUGAAAAGUGUGUGAAAAUGGCUGGCACGCUGAAAGGUUUAAAAUGAUUUAAGUAAGACACAUGUAUUCAUUAAAUCUCACCAGUGGAACAAAACUAACAGAACUCAACUUUUUUCCAAAAUGGGUGUACUUUGUAUGUGUAAAUGAGAGCAAGUAACAUUAUUUUGUUAUGGAUAUUACAUAAUGUCCAUAAUAAAACCAGUCCUCUUUUUUUGUUUUCUCUGAAAUUAUAAACCUUUUUUUUUUUGUCAGCCUGGCUCCUUGUCUACUUUUUAGGGGCCUAAACUUGAGUGUUGUAAAUUAUCGAAAUCCUGGAAAACACACGAAAACAUAAAGCCCACUUCAUGUAAUGGAAAUCAUAUUAAAGACAUUAGAUUACAGACAUCACAUUAUAGACAUAUUAUGUUAUGGACAUUAUGACUGCAUGACUUUAAUUAUGGUAAUUCUCUUUGGAGAAAUAAAUGCUACAUGCAUACCAAUUUGUUCAAAUUUAUCACAUCCAAGUUUUCAGUGCUUUUAACUAAACACCAUUAACAAUAACGAUAACAACAACUGUACAUUGAUUAGGAGAAGUAACACCACGCUGACAUGAGGAGUAUAAAUUUUCAAAAAGUGUGAGUCCAAGUGUGAAUAAAGUUUUUUGAGACAUACAUGUAUAUUUAGAGUCAGCACCUUCUUUUAUAAUAUCUGAAGAUAACAAAUUAAAAUAUAACAUGCAAUGUUUCAGAAAUGUAGCUUAAAACAAGCAAUACUUCAACUUUCAAAGGCCAUUGCACUAAUAAUACUAUAGAGAAAGUUGUCAUUUCAUACAGUUCAGUGCAGUGUAACUUUCCAAAAUAGUAUCAACUGGCUUAUUAAGAGUCAAUGAAUAGUACUCUUACAAAAAGUUCAGAACAAUCCAAGUUUUGUAAUUAAAGCAGUGUUUAACUACUGCAAUCUGCAGCUAGUUUGAUUAUUUAUUUGAAAACAUUUUCUUUUUGAAGAUAUUUAAAAAGCCUCUUGAGAUAUGAAAGACUUGGAACAUGGAAACAUCCAGUGCCUUUCGGCUCUUUGGAGUCAUAGAAGACUCUUCUCUUGUGGACAAUAUCAAUAUUGCUUCUCAGAGGCCAGUUAAAUGUUUUGACAACUUGGUGAAGAAAUUUGAUUUCAACCUCAUUAUCAGUAACCCUAAGGGCUCUUCCAAUGUAAAACUUGGUGUCACACUAGAAAUCUGCACCAGAAAGCAAGAACCAAAAGACAGCAGAAACACUAGUUAGAGCAUGCUCAUUAAAACUGAAUCGUAAGGAGCAUGCUCUUUAUGGAAUACUAGAUACCACUAUUACAUGUACACCUAAGUUUAGUAUUGAUGUUAUGAUUAUCAGCUGAACCAAAAAAGAGAAUUAACUUGUAAUUGAGCCUGAUUAGGAUAAAUUUAUCAGUUCUGACAAAGUCAAUUAUCAAAAGUUCAUAUUAAAUAAAUAAAAAUAUUCCCUUAUUCUUACCAGUGUAAGAAAAAAGUUCCACAGCGUAAUGUCCGUAACAAAAAAUUGUGUAAUGUCCAUAACAGGAAGUUUUUACCUCAAACACAAAAUCUAAAUACAGAAUAAGGAAUACAACUAGAUUUUAAAGUUAUGCAAUCUGCACGAUGUGUUGAUGUGUUGUGUGUGUGUUCUCAUCUUUGUCCCUGAAAUCAUAUGGAGGGUCACAUUUGGUCAGCCUUUGUGAAUCAUGGAGGUUUUUGUUGUUGUUUUUGUUGUUGUUGUUGUUUGUUGUUGUUUUUAAUUCUAGUUGACUUUUGAUAAUUAUAAAGGAAUAAAGGGGGUAUAAGUUUCUAAGGGAACUGUGGUACUGCCUUGGUGGGAGAGUAUACCAGGAUAAUUUAGUAUUAUCAGUUGAGUUGAUAAGGUUUAAAAAGAUGACAUUUUGAGUUUUAGCCCUUUGUCAGAGCAAACAAAUUGUCAGCUUUUAACCUCAUUGCAGAGGCAAAUUUACAUUUAUUUAUCAACUCAGCUGACAAUAAGAAAGUACUUUGAUACAAUUAUAUAAUGUUGCCGUUAAUACCACUUAUAACCUUGGGGCACCUGUUAGUGCCCUUAUUUGUGACCAUCAUUGUCUUUCAUAACUGAUAUAUAGUAACUGUUGUUCUGCUGCUUGUCUUUUCAGACUUUCUGACUUUAUCCCUGAUUCAAGGGUUAUUUUCUUGAACCCAGGAAACUCUAUACAAGGUAGGAGGACUUGCUGCUCUUUUUUUCUCUCAUUUUUGAAACUUGCCUUCAUUUUGUCAAUCUGUAUUAACCCUUUAAUUGCCAUGAGUGACCAAGACAGAAUUUCUCCUUACAAUAUCAACACAAUAUCAACCAGAGAAGUGAUGAGAGUAAAGAAAUGUAUAAAUUUGGGGAUGAUUAGUUGAUCCAAUAUUACUGUAAAUUCUCUGAACUAACCUUAUAAGAAUUGUAUGGUUUGGAGUAAGGAUUUGAUGUGAGAGUUAAAGGGUUUACUUAAUAAUUUAUUUGCAGGGAAUAAUUUUGUCCUGUUUGCAUAUGUUUAGAAUUAUGCAUGCUUUUAUUUCACUCAUAUCCAUGUAGUAUCAAUUAUUUUUUCUGGUAAUGUUAUGUCGAGACAUGUUUGUAGCAUGUCGAAGCACAAAAUCUGACCCAAUGCUGGACGAAUCACAAAGAUCAUGUAAACAAUCCAAAAUGUUGUGGAUUAGGAGACCCUAAAUUGUUUAAAAAAUAGUAAUCUGAAAGAUGACUUUGCGGGAAAUGGCCAAGAAAGGCUGUUUAUUUUUGUCUAAUGAAAAGUGUAUGAAAAUAGCUGGUACGCUGAAAGGUUUAAAAUGAUUUCAGUAAGACACAAUGUAUUCCUUAAGUCUCACCUGAACAACAAAACUAACAGAACUCAACACAUAGAAGAACUUGCAGAUAGGAUUUUUUCCAAAAUGGAUGUACUUUGUAAAUGAGAGCAAGUGCAACUGGCUUACUAAGAGUCAAUGAAUAGUACUCUUACAAAAAGAUCAGAACAAUCUAAGUUUAGUUAUUAAAGUAGUGUUAAACUUCUGCAAUCUGCAGUUAAUUUGAUCAUUUAUUUGCAAACAUUUUAUUUUCAAAGAUAUUUAAAAAUCCUCUUAAUAUAUGAAAGACCUGGAAUAUUGAAAGGUCCAGUGCCUUUCAGCUCUUUGGAGCCACAGUAGACUCUUCUCUUGUGGACAAUAUCAAUAUUGCUCCUCAGAGGCCAGUUAAAUGUUUUCUAAACUUGGUGAAGAAAUUUGAUUUCAACCUCAUUAUCAGUGACCCUAAGGGCUCUUCCAAUGUAAAACUUGUUGUCACACUAGAAACCUGUACUGCAUCUCAGAAAGCAAGAACCAAAAGACAGCAGAAAUACCAGUUAGAGCAUGCUCAAUAAAAUGGAAUUGUAAGAAGCAUGCUCCAUAUGGGAUACUCCACCUACCACAGUUACAUGUACACCCAAGUGUGAUAUUAAUGGUUUGGUUAUCAGCACAACCAGAAAAGAGAAUUAACUUUAACUCCCAAGAUCUAAUUGUUAAUUCUCCCCUCUAGCUGCUACACAUUUCCUUGUAAAUUAGUUAUGAGAACUUGGUGCUAGAUGAAGAUAGCAGCUUCUACCUGAUAAGUUUGAAUAUUCUCAUCACCUGUUUCCUGAAUAAUGUAUGGAUUUGUAGGAGAAGUUUUACAUUAAUCACCUCUGGGAGUUAAAGGGUUAACUUGUAAUUGGGCCUGAUUAAGAUAAAUUUAUCAGUUCUGACAAAGUCAAUUAUAAAAAGCUCUUAGAUAAACAUAACUAUUCCUUAUUCUUACCAGUGAGUGUAAAAAAAAAAAGUUCCACAGUGUAAUGUCUGUAACAAACAUUGUGUAAUGUCCAAAGCAAUUGUUUAAAAUUAUAUUUCAUCGAAUGGCAAGAGCAAUCUAUAUGAGAUGGUAAAAAUAACCAAAACCAUCAUGACCUAUUCUAUUUUACAACUGCCUAAAUAGUGAAAUCUAAAAUAUUUCAUAUCUAGCCCAAUCAUGAAGUAAUUUCAUAUUAUCAGCUGAGUUAAUUGAUAAUGUAAAUUUGCUACUAUGACGAUAAUUAUGCAAAUAAAUGAUCAAACUAACUGCAGAUUGCAGUAGUUAAACACUGCUUUAAUUACUAAACUUAGAUUGUUCUGAACUUUUUGUAAGAGUACUUCGUUGACUGUUAAUAAGCCAGUUGAUACUAUUUUGGAAAGUUACACUGCACUGAACUGUAUGAAUUGACAACUUUCUCAAAAAAAUUAUCAGUGCAAUGGCCUUUGAAAGUUGAAGUAUUGCUUGUUUUAAGCUUCAUUUCUGAAACAUUGCAUGCUAUAUUUUAAUUUUUUAUCUUAAGAUAUUAUAAAAGAAGGUACUGACUUUAAAUAUGAUAUGUCUAUCAGCAAACUUAAUUCACACUCAGACUCGAACUUUUUGAAAAUUUAUACUCCUCAUGUCAGUGUGGUGUUGCUACUGCUAAUGUACAGUUGUUGUUAUGGUUAUUGUUGUUAGUGUUUAGUCAAAAACACUAAAACUUGGAUGUGAUAAAUUUGAACAAAAUUGGUAUGCAUGUAUGUAACGAUAUCGAUGUUAUCGUUCUAUUUACUUCCGGUCCGCAUUUACGUCAUAACUACCAUGGCAACAAAACUUUAGAGACCAUGCUUUCCGGUUUUGUAGAGUUCGUCGGACAUCGAUUAAAUAGACUUGUGUUACUUCACCUGUGUGUGUCUUGUUCUUCCUAUAAACAACGCCACAUGGUGUCAGGAGUGGGAUUCUUCCUACAGAAUCGUCGCUGAAAUACUUGAGUGCAUUUUCAAGCCAAACUCAGUGAAUCUAGCUCCAGAUGACCGAAUCAGGCUCGUCGAGCGUAGCGUCAACAAGCACGCAGCCAGCAACUCCUCAAUUUAUCCAGUCCUCUAUUCCUUUACCGUCGAAACUAGACUUCAAGGGGAACUUAGCUGUGAAUUGGAAGAAAUUUAAGCGGCUGUGGACAAACUACGAGAUCGCCUCACGGCUCAGUACGCAAAUCAGUAAUCUUCGAACAGCCACAUUGUUGACAUGUAUUGGCCCAGAUAUCCUGGAGAUUUACGAUGGUUUGCCCUUCGGAAAUGAAGAGGAAAACCGACAUCGACAAAGUGAUAGAGCUUCUAGACGCCUUUUUCAUCGGUGAGACGAAUGAAAUAUACGAAGCCUAUCUGUUCAAUCAGAGAGUACAGGAGGUCGGUGAGUCAUUUGAUGUUUUCCUUACAGCUUUACGUUCGUUAGCUAAAACGUGCAAUUUUGGCAUCAUGCAAGAGCGAAUGAUUAGAGACAGAGUUGUCGUAGGAAUUAGAGAUAACGCCACCCGAAAAAAGCUGCUAGCUGAGAACAAACUAACUCUUAAUAAGUGUAUUGAUAUUUGCCGUGCGAGUGAAACCACAUCCAAACAACUUAAGGAGAUGUCCCAUGCGGAGGAGGUUAGCGCCGUUGCCACAGGCCACCCAAAAUCGAAGAUUGGUUUACGCCAUAAUGAAGUACGAAAUUUCAGUAAAGUUCAACGCCCCGUCCACAACAAAGUAACAGAACCAGUUAGAUGUAAGUUCUGCCACAGAACCCAUCCUUUAAAAAAGGAACUCUGUCCAGCAUGGCAGCACAAGUGUGAUAACUGUGGUCGAAUGAACCACUUCUCAGUGGCUUGCAGAAGUCAGAAAGCUAAAAAAAAGCAAACUAAGAAGUCAGUUCACAAUGUAGAACAAGAUGUUCAGGAGUUUAAUGACGAAGAUUCUGAUGAUUACUUAUUCAGUGUAGAAUCUGUGAGCGUCCUUUAUGCAAAAAACAGUCCAAAGAAGAUUUAUGCUAACAUGCGCUUGAGGGAUGAAACAGUGAAAUUCCAGUUAGACUGUGGAGCAACAGUCAAUAUCCUCCCAGCAGAUAUUUAUCAGCAGGUAUUUAACGAUCCGCGAAUGGAACGCCUCCAGCCUACUCAAACUACCCUCGUCAUGUUCAACAAAUCAGAGCUGAAACCUCUAGGAUGUACUAAGGUCGAGACCUUCAACCCCAAGAAUGGACAGUGUUUCCUCACGGAAUACACCGUCGUUCCAACAGGUCACACAGCACUCCUUGGUGCUGAAUCGGUGCAGCAGUUUGGCCUCAUAGUGAUUAACACCGAUAACAUCAUGUCUCUCUCUAAUGAGAUUCCCACACAGCCGGAUCUCGUGAGCAAAUUCGGAGAUGUCUUCUCAGGAGAAGGAAAGCUCAAAGGAAAGCUUCACCUCGAGAUUGAUAAGUCUGUAACCCCUGUGGCACUGCCAGUGAGGAAAGUCCCUUUGCAGUAAAAAGAGCCUUUAAAACAGGAACUAGAACGCUUAGUUAAGAUAGGCAUCUUGCAACCAGUAGAUGUUCCAACAGAUUGGAUUUCCUCAAUGGUGGUCAUUAAGAAGAGCAAUGGAAAGAUAAGGUUAUGUAUUGACCCAAAACCUCUGAAUAAAGCACUCAGGAGAAACCAUUUUCCCCUUCCAGUGAUCGACGAUCUACUACCACUCCUUACAAAUGCUAAAGUCUUCAGUGUCGUCGACGCAAAGAACGGGUUUUGGCAUGUGCAGCUAGACGAUGAAAGCAGUCUUCUGACCACAUUUGGUACCCCCUGGGGAAGGUUCCGCUGGACGCGGAUGCCCUUCGGCAUAUCACCCGCUCCGGAAGAGUUUCAGAGGAGAUUGGAAUACGCCCUGGAAGGUCUUGAUGGAAUUAAGCCAAUAUUUGAUGAUAUCCUUGUUUUUGGUGUCGGAGAAACAGAAACAGAAGCACUUUCUGAUCAUGAUGCAAAGCUGACAGCAUUGUUAGAACGCUGCCGCGCCACUGGCAUUAAGUUAAACAAAGAGAAGCUUAAGCUCCGUCGCAAAGAAGUGAAGUUUAUGGGACAUGUUAUAUGUCAAGAUGGUCUUAAGCCUGACCCAGACAAGGUACAAGGUAUCAAAGAGAUGCCAACCCCGACAAGCAAACAAGAUCUCAAGAGACUUCUCGGCAUGGUAAAUUACCUCCAGAAGUUUGCUCCUAACCUGUCAGAAGUUACAUCCCCAAUGAGAGACCUUUUGAAAGAAGGGAACCAGUUCCGUUGGGAUGAGCAAGUACAAGGUUGUAGUUUCAAAGAGUUAAGGAGAUACUCUCAGCUGCCCCUGUCCUCAAGUAUUUUAACCCCAAAGACGACGUGGAAUUGCAGUGUGAUGCAUCAGACCGAGGACUUGGUGCAUGUCUAAUGCAAGGAGGCCAGCCCGUGGUUUAUGUAUCUCGUUCCAUGACAGAAACGGAAGUGAACUAUGCCCAGAUAGAGAAAGAGAUGCUUGCAAUACUUUUCGGAGUAGAACGUUUUGAGCAGUUUGUAUAUGGUCGACCUGUCAAGAUCCAAACUGACCACAAACCCUUGGAGAGCAUCUUCCGUAAAAGUCUACUCAGUGCGCCUAAACGUCUCCAGCGAAUGUUGCUAAGAUUGCAGAAGUUUGACCUUCAAGUGUCUUACAAAAAAGGGACUGAAAUGUAUCUGGCAGAUACACUGAGCAGAGCAUACAGAGUGCGUAAGAGCACAAAAGAAGAUGUAGCAGAAGAUGUUAUGUACAUAGAGGACAUGAGAGGAGACACUGAAAGAGAGCUAGAGCACAUCAAUAUGAUACAAUACUUGCCAGUAUCGGAACCAACGCUGAUUGCCAUUCAGCAAGCAACAGAAUCCGAUCCUACCCUGAGAGAGCUGAAGAGAACAAUCAGGCAAGGUUGGCCAGCUACCAAAGCUGGGGUAUCAGCAAACAUCAGUGGUUACUUUACAUUUCGGGACGAACUGUCUUUACAGAAUGGACUGGUGUUCAAAGGUGAAAGACUAGUUAUCCCUAUGAGCGUGAAAGCUGACAUGUUGGCUAAGAUCCACCGGAGCCACAUCGGCAUCCAAGGCUGUCUCAGAAGAGCAAGAGAAGUAGUCUACUGGCAUGGGAUGAACAAAGAUGUCGAAGAUUAUGUAGCAAAGUGUGCCGUCUGCAACAGCCAGCCUGUCGAGCAAGGAAAAGAGCCAAUGAUUUGUCACGAACUGCCUAGUAGACCCUGGGAGAAAAUCGCAGUUGAUCUUUUUGAUCUGAACGGUGUAGAUUUCAUGGUGACCGUUGACUACUAUUCAAGCUUCUUUGAAGUCGACAGAAUGACAAGCAAGACAGCAGACGAAGUUGUGAAGAAGUUGAAAGCCCAUCUUGCCCGCCAUGGAAUUCCCGACCAGCUUGUAUCGGAUAAUGGACAGCCCUUUUCUUCCGCAAAGUUCCAACAGUUCGCAGACACUUAUGGUUUUGAACAAGCUCUCCAACAUAUCCUCAGUCCAACGGCAAAGUCGAGAACACGGUGAAGACAGCAAAACAUCUGCUAGAAAAAGCCGUCAAGUCCGAACAAGACCCAUAUCUUGCCCUGCUGGACUGGAGAAAUACUCCCACAGAAACACUCAACUCGUCACCUGUUCAGCGAUUAUUCGGUAGAAGAACAAAGACUCCACUCCCAACCUCAAACCAAUUGCUCAAGCCGAAGCUACCAGAGGAGGUUGAUCAGAAGUUGAAGCUACAAAAGGCUAAACAAUCCCUGUACUACAAUCAAGGCGCCAAAGAACUGAAGGAACUGCGCCCAGGAGACACAGUGCGAUUGCAGCCACUAAAAUCCCACUUGGGAAAGAAGAAGGAUUGGACCCAAGCAAGAGUCGAAGGCAAAGUCGACAUAAGGUCCUAUCAAGUCAGAACAGAAGAUGGAAGAAUUUAUAGGAGGAACCGCAGACACCUGAGACAUACACGUGAAGUGAUGCCACACAGUGAAGAUGGGAUGAGAUUAUCCCCAAAAGCAACACCAAUUUCUGCUACUGCAAAUUCUGGUAAUGAAAUACCAUCGGUACCACCUUCCAUACCAAGUACUGCAGUCAGUAAGGACCAAUCAGACACAGUACCUUUGCAGAACACGGACAAGCCACAUCCGGAAUAUCCACCUCAGUCUGCAGCAGAUAAGCAGGAGAUUUCCCCAUCGGUGACCACCACUCGAUCUGGACGAAUUGUGCGACCACCCACACGUUACCAGUGAUUGGGGUUAUCGAAAGAACACAAAAAAAGGACAUGACAAACUCUUAAUUUUCUUUUUUUUUCUGUAGUUUAUUUUAAACUAGGAUUGAGACACUCAGUUACGUUUACAUUUUUUUUUGUUUCCUGAAGAAAGGGAGAUGUAACGAUAUCGAUGUUAUCGUUCUAUUUACUUCCGGUCCGCAUUUACGUCAUAACUACCAUGGCAACAAAACUUUAGAGACCAUGCUUUCCGGUUUUGUAGAGUUCGUCGGACAUCGAUUAAAUAGACUUGUGUUACUUCACCUGUGUGUGUCUUGUUCUUCCUAUAAACAACGCCACAAUGUAGCAUUUAUUUCUCCCAAAAGAAUUACCAUAAUUAAAGUUAUGCAGUCACAAUGUCCAUAAUAUAAUAUGUCUAUAAUGUGAUGUUCUUAAUGUAAUGUAUGCAACAUAAUUAUCAUAAAAUAAAGUGGGCUUUAUUUUUUCUUGCGCUUUUCCAGGAUUUUGGUAAUUUACAACACUCAAGUUUGGGCCCCUAGAAAGUAAAAUAGGAGCCAAGCAGACCAAAAAAAACUGGUUUUCAAUUUCAGAGAAAAUUAAAAAAAAGGACUGUUUUUGUUACGGACAUUAUGAAAUGUCCAUAACAAAAUAAUGUUACUUGCUCUCAUUUACAAAGUACACCCAUUUUGGAAAAAUCUUAUCCACAAGUUCUUCUUUGUGUUGAGUUCUGUUAGUUCAGUUCUUCUGGUCAGAUUUAAUGAAUACAUGUGUCUUACUUAAAUCACUUUAAACCUUUCAGCGUGCCAGCUAUUUUCAUACACUUAAUUUUCAUUGGACAAAAAUAAACAGCCUCUCUUGGCCAUUUCUCGCAAAGUCAACUUUCAGAUUACUAUUUUUUAAACAAUUUAGGGUCUCCUUAUUCCAAAAAUUCAUGAUUGGGCUAGAUAUGAAAUAUUUUAGAUUUCACUAUUUAGGCAGUUGUAAAAUAGAAUAGGUCAUGAUGGUUUUGGUUAUUUUUACCAUCUCAUAUAGAUUGCUCUUGCCAUUCGAUGAAAUAUAAUUUUAAACAAUUGCUUUGGCUGUCAAUGGCUAUAUGUAAUGGCAAUUUAUGAAUAUCUUGAGCAUGUUGGAUUGUUUACAUGAUCUUCAUUAUUCAUCCAGCAUUGGGUUAGAUUUUGUGCUUCAACAUCCAUGCUACAAACAUCAUCAAAAGUAACCUCUCCACAUGAAAAAAAUAAUUCAUGCAAAAUCACCAUGGUAGCCACUAAUUGCCAAAGGGUACCUUGAAGGACUUAAGUUAGGUUUAACUUGGCAAAACCUAUGAUAGACACUUUGCAUAAAUGUACUAAUUUCCCAAGACAUGCAAGCAUGGGGUGAAAAUUUCUAAUCCAUAAGUACUUUGUCAAGGAUGGAACCAGAUCUCUGCACAAGAUCUUCCAUAUUCCUGUUUUAGGAGGGGAGCUUAACCUUUGAUUUUAUAUGAAUUAAUAAGUCUUAACCAGUGACCCAAAAUUGAGUCUCUCGAAUGUUAAUGUUCAUAAGUCAACAUACAGUUGAAGCACUUCACAAACCUAGCUGUACUUAGUAAUUAAACCAGCAGUAUAUCAGAAGGACCACCAGAAUUUCAGCAAAAAAUUUUCUAAGAGUAUGUUUUCAAACACAUGUUUGUAGCCAAACAUAAUUACAACCAUUGAUCACAAUAUAAUUAAAUAGUUAAUUAAUAUAAUGCAUAGUUAGUUGACAUUAAUUAAAAAUUUAUAUUUUUCUUUACAGAUUAUCUUUGUUCUAAUUAUAAAAUGUCUUGCACUCAUGGCAAUUAAAGGGUUUACAGAUUACUUUGUUCUAAUUAUAAAAUGUUGCCAUUAAUACCACUUAUAACCUUGGGCACCUGUUAGUGCCCUUAUUUGUGACUGUCAUUGUCUUUCAUAACUGAUGCAUAGUAACUGUUGUUCUGCUGCUUCCCUUUUCAGACUUUCCGACUUUAUCCCUGAUUCAAGGGUUAUUUUCUUGAACCCAGGAAACUCUAUACAAGGUAGGAGGACUAACACUGCUCUUUUUUUUCUCAUUUUUGAAACUUGCCUUCACUUUGUCAAUCUGUAUUAACCCUUUAAUUGCCAUGUGUGAUCAAGACAGAAUUUCUCCUUACAAUAUCAACACAAUAUCAACCAGAUAAAUGAUGAGAGUAAAUAAAAAUAAAAAUUUGGAGAUAAUUAGUUGAUUCAAUACUAAAUUCUCUGAACUAACCUUAUAAGAAUUGUAUGGUUGGGAGUAAGGAGAAUUACAAAUUUGAUGUGGGAGUUAAAGGGUUAAUAAUUUAUUUGCUGGGAAUUACCGUAUAAAAUUGUUUGGAAUUCUUGAAAUUCAACAUGAAAAAGGAUUGCUUAACCGGUUUGAAAAUUUAUUUUACCUGUCAUGCUUAAAAUAAGGGAGAACACUGAGUUUACUGAAAGACAUAUCAUAUUUAGAGUUAGUACCUUCUUUUAUAAUAUCUAAAGAUAAAAAAUUAAAAUAUAACAUGCAAUGUUUCAGAAUGUAGCUUAAAACAAGCAAUACUUCAACUUUAAAAGGCCAUUGCACUGAUAAUACUAUGGAGAAAGUUGCCAAUUCAUGCAGUUCGUACAUAACUUCCCAAAAUAGUAUCAACUGGCCUAUUAAGAGUCAAUGAAUAGUCAUCAUCAUCAUCAUCAUCAUCAUCAUCAGGUCGAGCUUGUUCGGUAUUCCAUGACACGCUCCCUCCAAUGAAUAGUACUCUUACACAUUUUUGCCAGUGGACACAUUCUUUUAUGAAGGUGAUAAUAUUACAGAGACUUUUAAGUCUGUUGACUUAGACGUUAUUGUUUCACUGUUCAAUGAACUGAGAAACCACGUUUUCUACUGGUACAUGAGCUUCAAUGACCCUGUAUUGUAUUGGUGACAAUUAGAGUUACCUUCGUCUGGUAGAAUUAGUUUUGGCUUAAAAAGGUGCAUUUAAUAUCAGUGACUGUGCAAUCUGUUUUCUAGGGUUGUACUGGUCUAAUUAUCAAUAAGUAGAGAAACCAUAAAUUGACGGAGUUUUAAAAAUGCUGUUAAUGUCCCCAGGUGUGAUAAUGAAAUAGCGAUUGGGUAGGAAAUCUACAAAUCCCUUUAAGCUCCUCCAUCCAGGAAUGUGGGUGCUGAGUGGGAGACCUGGUGUUAUGUUGGGUAAUAUACAUGUGAGGAAUUACAUUUAGUUUUGCACUGAAAGGGAUGGUUAAUACCCCAGUCUUUCUAGAUAGUGCCUUCUUGCUGUAGGCUGCUAUUUAGUAAUUGUUGUAAACACGGUGACCUAAAGUAAUAUAAUUCCCGUAUUCGUUGUGUUGGUAUAUCCUGGUCUAGUCACGGAGUUGGUUCUAUUAACUGACCUGGUAACAGACUGAUUCCCAUAUUGAUGAAAAUUUUCCUAACACAGUGUAGUUUGCUUGUGAUUAUGUAGUUUUUGUCCUUGUUGGGAUGGUGAUGGUGAUGCUUUUGCAAUUAUGCUUCAAGUGACCAAGUUGUAGCAGUGAUCCUUGCAGGGUGGUAAAUGGAGGUUGUGCAGUCUUGCUUUGAUGUUUCACUGCAGUUUAUAUAUUUGUGUCUGCUUGUGGAUCGUUUUGGAGUUAAAGAGGUUUUAAGGUUUAGGUAUAAUGGUUACGCUGGCAAUGGUUAGAUCUUUGUGAUGCGGCAUGAAGUAGUAAAAACAGGUGCAGCUUUUGUAUUAAUGCUGGUGGAUCUGUGAUUACUUUUAUUAUUAGAUGCUUCUUAGGCGAAAUAGGGUAUUUUAUUAGUUAUCUCCUAAAUUUUAGGAUUAGGUUUCUCUUUUUAUAUUGGUUUUUUAUUUUAGCAGUACAGUAUAUAUCAUUUAAUUAUUUUAGUGAUUUGUAGGUUCACAUCAGCCUUCCUGGCUGCCAAUUUGUAACCCGCAUCACCAAAUAAAAUGAUGAUGAUGAUGAUGAUUAAGAAUCAAACGUCAACCAGCCAGAACUGACCGGGUUUAAGGCCCUCGAGGGGAAAUAAAAACUUAUUUCCCCUUAACCUUUAAAUCGCGUUUCAUUUCUGCUCUUUAUGUCUCUGGUUGUUACUUUGCAAACUAAAAAAAAAAUCUUUCUUAAUCCAAAAAAACUGUGUUGAGAUCUAAUACCUCAUAUUAAACCUCUUAUUAAGUCGACAAAAUAGUUUUUUCGUUGGUGUUUCGUGCUCCUAAGGAUUUAACAAAUGAUAUCACGAUUUUAAACGAUUUCUGGUCUCAAUUGGCUAUCGGGUUUUUUUUUUUCCAAAUGGUCUUAAUUCCCAUAAAUUAGUGUCUAUUCCAUGUUUGACAGGUCAUUCUGAUAAAUUCAGCUUCAUGGGUACGGCUCCAUCGCCAUUUGCGUCUACGAAAGAGACAACCAACUAUGCAAGGCUAUGCCGCCUCCUGGUGGAUAUUGGAUGUCAGGUGCUCCGGUCCACUUUUGACAAAAUACAUCCACCAGCGACGCUACAUACAGUUUUGGGGUGUACCUCAGUGCAUUAUGCCAAAUUGCAGUCACUGUACAAAGGGAAGAAGAAAGUGCUGAAUCCCAAGCAAUGGGGAAAGUUGUACCCUACUCACAAAGCUGUGUCUUCUAAAGACUUCGACAUCACACUCCUAACAGUGCUGCUUAGAAAUAUCUGUAGUUUGCGCACUCCUACUAAGGGAUGGGAUGAGCUUCCCCCAGCUACAGACAUACGCAUCGAAGAUGACAUCGCCAGAGUGAAGUAUUACAGGAACACUGUAUACGGCCAUGCUUCUCAAGCCUCUGUGGAUGACAGUAGUUUCAGUGCUAAUUGGCAGAAAAUACGAGAAGCUUUGGUGAGAUUGGGAGGAGCUCAUUUUAGAACUGAAAUCGACAAUCUUGAGCACGACUGCAUGGAUCCAGAUAUGGAGGAGCAUUAUCGUGAACUGAUGAAACAAUGGAAGAAAGACGACGACAACAUCAAAGACAGGCUUGAAGGAAUUGAAAGUAAGAAAAACAUUAUCCACUGCCAAUGUGGAUGAAUCAGAAGGCUACAAAAGUGUAUUUUUCCAGUUAACACGGUAGUGUAGGUCAGCUCAUGAUGUUUUCAUCAUGGUCGGAACUAGUCUCAUAUUUGGAAGGUAUAUUUGCGUUACGUGUGUAAAAUGAAGAAUUAAUCCAAAUGUUCAAACUAUGUUUUCAUUUGCAGUAUUUUUGUCUGUUCGUAGGUACUCGUGUACAACUGCUCGAGUGAAUUUUUGUGAUUUCUAAGCGUCUUAUUGCGUUUGAUCUAUUCGGAAUCGACUAGAUGUUGAUAUACGUAUCAUUGUUUUAUCUGCACCUAACGUGAAGCUGUGAUAUAAAUUUGCUUAUGAAAAUGCGCAUACCUUUUAAAAUUUUCAGGUUCCCUGGAUAACACGAGAGACACAAUUGACAAGAUAGAGAUCGAAGUGAAAGAGGUGAAAGAGAAGCUGAGUAGUCUGACGGUCUCAGCUGAAAAAAAAAGCGCACAAGGUUAGUUGGUAGAGAGAGCUACUCACAGCGAAAGAAAAGAAAUUGUUAAGAGCGACACUGUUUUCUUGGGUACAUAACGCAGCUCAUAUGAAUGACGACGGUAAUCGCUGGAUGUCGGCCAACACAGCAUACUUUACUAGUCUAAGAGCACACCCCAGUCACUACUGGCACUGGUUUUACAUGAAGAUUCUAUGUAAUGUGUGGGAUGCCACGGAAUCUGAGAUUUGGCCCUGGCUACCUCUCGGAUUUGAUGGUGUUUUGAAAGUACUCAUACUUAAGAAUCAUCGUAGUCGGGAUAGUUCAUCGUCUUGUUUUAGUAUUACCUUUCUUAUAAUGAACAUAACUUCCUAGUAGCGUUAGAUGUGACCCGCAUAUUUCUGAAUGAAACAACUAAAUCCUUCUUCCUGGCGUAUUGUGGAGUAUUCAAUCCAACAUGGGAAAAUAGUUUAAUGUGGAUCGUCUUGAGUAAAAUAGGUUAGAAUAAGAUGUAUGCGGUUAUUUUACAUUUCCUGAGGAAAAGACUGUCGGCAAAGCCUCCCACUUCAUCGCAGGCGGGUCUCUAGAUUUCUCCAGCUUUGAAUCACCCCGGUGUUGGGUAACUCAUGAUGUUUUCAUUUUGGACGGAAUGUUACGGGAAAAUUUACUGAUUUUCCCGUGUGUGUUAUUCGGAGCAUAUUUAUUCGUAAACUUUUACAUUUAACCAUUUCAAGUCCUUUCAUUUUAAAAAAUCAAAAAAAUGCAUAAAAACCACAGUAGCUUUUGAAUAGAUUUUUGUUGUUACUCGCUUUCAUCACAUGCACCUGCUUGUCGGCACUUUUGUCAUUUAUUACAUGGUUUUUUAAGUAAAUAUAAGUGUUGAUGGUCUAUCUGGAAACAUUGGUUCUCAUGGUAGAUAGCAGCUGAGUUUAAACGCGCAAAUUUAAUUUCUUUUCAUGCGAUGGUUUCCAAACCAACCUUGCGUAAAUAAGUAGAAGCUUUUGAUUGCUUUUCCGUUUUUAUUUCCUAAGCUGCGCUGCUGCAAUUAAGAUAGGUAUUGUUUUCUAUAUCAGAGAUGUAAAUUCGCACCUAAGUUUCCUACGUUAAUGGCCGAGGGUUUAUUGCAUCCGUCUUUUUAAUUUUGAGAUUCUUUUCGUCAUGGAAACAGAUGGAAUAUUUAAGUAGUUUUCAUUUAACUUCAAAGAGACUUUUUUCGCACCUUUGUGUCCUUAAUCAAAUAUUGCGAUUUGUGUAACAAUAGCACUUCACACCAGUUACUUCUUAAGCAAGUACCUUGUACGGCUUUGAUGAUUACAAACUAGAGUAUGCUAGAGGUCAUGUCGCUUGUUGGCCUGACCUAGAAUAAAAGUACUGUGGAACCAAAGAUUGUCUUAUCCUUGACGUCCGUAUAAGCUUGCUCGAAGUAGAUCUCCGUGUACCAGGAAAUCGUGACGAGUUUCCGUUCUCGCUGCCGAGUCGUCUCUUCAGAGUUAUUUCCCCCAGUUGUUAUUGUGCCGUCCGCGAAGAUUCAGUUUUCCAGCUAGCGAGCGAAAACCUAUCGUCACAGGAACCAGUCACAUACUUGGAACGUUAUUCUAGCGUUAUGUGUGAAAAAUAAAGAAUUAACCCAAAUGUUCACACUGUUUUCAUCGGCAGUUUUUUUUUCUGUUCGUGGGUGCUCGUGUAUAACUGCUGGAGUGCAUUUUUGUAAUUUCUAAGCGUCUCAUUGAGUUUGAUCUAUUCGGAAUCGACUAGAUAUUGAUAUACGUUUCAUUGUUUUGUCUGCGCCUAAACAUAAAUAUGUGGUUUAAACGUGCUUAUGAAAUUGCGCCUAUCUUUCUUACAUUUCCAGAUUCGCGAGAAAAGAUGAGGCACGACCUCAGAGACACAACUGAGAAGAUAGAGCUUAAAAUGAAGGAGAUUUUAGAGACGCUUAGAAGCCUGACGACCACAGUGGAAAAAAGCACAGAUGAAGGUUGGUUACUAGAAAGAGCUACUCACACAUAAACUGAACUAUCAACAGGGAUUCUGUUAACACAUCUUCUGAGCAUGACCACAUUAUUCGCGUGAUGUCAGACAAUUUAACAUUUUUUAGGUAAUGUAUUGUUGUAAGCACACCUUGGCUUUUAACCUGCUCUGGCUAUAAAUGAAGAUACUUGGUAAUGUGUGGGAUGAAUGGGAUGGUAUGGAUGUGAGACUACCUCACGGUGUUGGAUAGUUUUCUGACAGCACUCAUACAUAUUUAGCCGAGAAGGUUAUAGCCUUAUACUAAUUUUACUUUUGUUGAAGACCUAAGGAGAAAUGAGAGGGCGGAAAGGCGUUCUUUGGUUUUUAUUAAUUAGUUCUUACAAUGUCGCUUUUACUGACAAAAAUCUUUCUCAGACUAUCGGCUCCAAUGAUAUCAAUAUUUAUAUCUUAGGUUUCACUAUUAGAAACCGCUGAAGCUGGGUCAAAAGGUUUUUUAGAAUGUUGUAUAGAAUAAAAAGAAAACACAAAGGAAGGGAAAAGGAUCUAUUUAGUUAACUUUUAAUAUAUAAAGUGACUCUCACUCGGACUAAAAAUUUCCAAUGUUAUUCCACGAAAGGGUCUCUUGAGAAAAUGAGAAGCGAAAUGGCAAAGAUGGACAAUGAACUUAAAGAAGUGAAGGAAAAGCUGUGUACUUUGGCAACCCCUGUGGGAGAAAGUAAGAAUGAAGGUCAGUUGAAUUAUACAAUAAAAGUUAUCCUGCUUAACCGCAAAUUUAGCCGUAGUUAACAAUGUACUGUAUGUAAGAGAGAGAUCAUCCUAUCUUAGAGAGAUUCAGUUUUUCAAUUUAAAUAAUCUCUGGAAUAGUCUCUGUGGUGUGCUUUCAUUCCCUACAAUUAUUUAAACUUUCACCCGUAAUUAGCCCGGAAACAUUACAUUUUUAUAAGAAGGGAGAACGCUAUAAAAAUAAAGUACAGUUUUGACGAAAAUAUUGGCAUUAAGUUCGGCUCCAUGUUCGAAAUUAACUGAGCAGGUUCGACGGCAUUUAUAAGCUAAAUGGCCUUUGGUCAUUAAAUUAACAUGAAUCAUACAUUGAUACCUUUUCGUCAUUGUCCAAGUAAUUUCUUUGGCAAUGGUGUCGAACUCGUUCACUUAUUUAAAUUCAGUGCCGAAUACCUAGCAGCAUUAAAUGUGAUCCGCAUAUUUCUGAAUAUAGUAACUAAACCCUUUCUUCGCUCAUAUUGUGAAGUAUUCAAUUCUACAUGGGAAAAUAGUUAAAUGAGGAUCAUCUCUAGUAAAAUAGGUUAGAAUAAGAUGUAUGUGGUUAUUUUACAUUUCCUGAGGAAGAAAAGACUUAGGGUUAGGGUUAGGAUCUCCCGUGUAAUUUAUUUUACAACAGAAAUUCACUGUUAGACACCGGUAAAGCCGAACAAACAGAGGAGGUUCAACUGAAUUCAUAAUCUAAAUGGCUUUUAAUCAGUAAGCAUGAAUCAUACACUAAAACCUUUUUGCGUAGUCCUAGUAAUUUCUUUGGCAACGGUAUCGUACUCAUUCGCAUAUUUAAAUUCAGUGCCGAAUACCAGAGAGGUAUCAUAAUUUUCAACGCUGCAUUCAUUAGAUUUCUUACUUAUUUUGCUACUACAAGAUAUUUUUGAUCCAACUGAACUUAUCAAUGGAAUUCGCCAGCUGUACAAGACUCGUGAGGGAUGGCUCUCACCAUUUCCAUGGUGUGAAGAGUUUCAGUUUUUUCUUGGAAAUAUUUUUACAAGGCUCAAAGUGGUCAGAAGAAAGAAAACGAGAGGACAAAUCACUGACGUAUUUGUUGACAUGUCGUCAAUACUAGACCCGUAUGAAGAGUGUUCAGCGCCGAGAACGGUGUUGAUUGAAGGAGAACCUGGUAUGGGAAAAACCACCUACUGUAAAAAGUACGCCUACGACUGGGCCACAAAACAGCAAGCACCUCAGGGCUGCGGCUCAACAGCAUUAAAAUUGGUAUUGUUGCUUAAAUGUCGAGAUAUCCACUCUGACGUUUGGGAAGCCAUUGAUGAUCAGCUGCUGCCCCUAGGCAUCGAUGAAAAAGUCAAACAACAAUUUUUUCAGUUUAUUCGUGAAAAUCAGUCCAGCAUUUUAUUGAUAUUGGAUGGAUUGGAUGAGUUACCAUCCGGGAAAUUGUCGAUGUUUUCCAAAUUAAUUGAAGGAAGAGAACUCCCUAAAUGCCACAUAGUUGCAACAGCAAGACAAGAAGCUGGAAAAGAGGUGAGAAAAUGUUGUGACGCGCUGCUUCAGAUCGAAGGAUUCACUGAAAAGCAUGUGAUAGAAUUUGUCACCAAGUACUUUAAAGAAAGGACGGAUUUAGCCACCAAGCUCUCGCGACGGAUGUCGCGAGAUAAAAACCUGAGAGAAAUAGCGGCCAAUCCUCUAAACACAGCACUUCUUUGCCUUUUAUGCGAAGAGUUUGAGGGCACACUCCCCGAAAGCAGAGCUCAACUGUACUUGGAUAUGGUUGAAUGUGUUUUGAGAAGAUAUAGAAAAAAGAAGGGACUAUUAGAAAAGAUCGAAGACCUGACAAACCAUUACAAACCGCAAUUGAAUCACCUUGGAAAGUUAGCGUUGAAUGGUUUACUCGACGAUAAGCUGGAUUUAAAUGAAAGUGAAUUGAGAAACCAUGCAAAAGACUUGACUGAAUUUGGGUUUCUGUCAGUGCAGCGUGGUGGCAGCAAACUGAGACAAACACUGCAUUAUGCCUUCUUACAUAAAAGUUUUCAAGAAUUCUUUGCAGCAUUCUUCAUUUGUUCUCAGAUUCAAAGCAAGGAAAUGAAACCUGAAGAACUAGUUUCCGAUCCAAGGUAUUUCGUUGAACUUAAACAAAUACUUUUGUUUUCGUGUGGAAUUUUGGCCAUGAAAUGCGAUGAACAGGUUGUGGCUCUUGUAAAGAGUUUAACAAAUGAAGUCAACAAAGAUGAAGGCCGUGGUGCAGAAAUUGUAUUGGAGGCCAUCAACGAAUGCAAAAGAGAAAAAAGUGAUUUUCACUCGCAUUUAUCGCAGUCGUUUGGAACUGGUUUGAAUCUGACCAAGUUGUCUUUGUCUUUCAAUGGUAAUAGUGCUGCGGGUGCUACAUGUAUUGCUGAGGCAAUCAAAGUGAACAAGACGCUAACCAAUUUGGAUUUGUCUUACAAUGGUAUUAGUGCUGCGAGUGCUACAUGUAUUGCUGAGGCAAUCAAAGUGAACAAGACGCUAACCAAUUUGGAUUUGUCUUACAAUGGUAUUAGUGCUGCGAGUGCUACAUGUAUUGCUGAGGCAAUCAAAGUGAACAAGACGCUAACCAAUUUGGAUUUGUCUGUCAAUGGUAUUAGUGCUGCGAGUGCUACAUGUAUUGCUGAGGCAAUCAAAGUGAACAAGACGCUAACCAAUUUGGAUUUGUCUGUCAAUGGUAUUAGUGCUGCGGGUGCUACAUGUAUUGCUGAGGCAAUCAAAGUGAACAAGACGCUAACCAAUUUGAAUUUGCGAUACAAUGAUAUUAGUGCUGCGGGUGCUACAUGUAUUGCUGAGGCAAUCAAAGUGAACAAGACGCUAACCAAUUUGGAUUUGCGAUGCAAUGAUAUUAGUGAUGCGGGUGCUACAUGUAUUGCUGAGGCAAUGAAAGUGAACAAGACGCUAACCAAUUUGUAUUUGUCUGGGAAUGGUAUUAGUGCUGCGGGUGCUACAUGUAUUGCUGAGGCAAUGAAAGUGAACAAGACGCUAACCAAGUUUGAUUUGUGUUAG